AGCAUGUGGAAAUAUCAGCAGCCUGACUUUGCAUUAUUCCUGCUUGGUGAACUGCAGAAGCAGCAGCAGGGAAGCAUUUUUUGUGACACACUUAUACAGACAGGAGGUGUCUGUGUUCCAGCUCACAGCUGUGUGUUAGCCGCUUUAAGUCCCAUCUUCUCAAGAAUCCUGUCCGCAUCUCCUGCUCCACCUGUGGGGAAGAACAGGCUUCUAAGCCUUGAGGCUGUAGGAUCUCAUGCCUUACUGAAGCUGGUUGGGUUCCUAUACACCGGGGAGAUGGAAAUAGAAAGUCGGAGCGAACACGAGGACGUAAUGACUGCUGCCCACAAGCUUGGCCUUAAAAACCUCAUUGAGAAAAAGCGAGUGUGGGUGGAACGAGGAGUUGAAGAUGUUGGGAGAUGCUGGAAGGAGGCUGCCUUACAGACCGAUGAGAGCGUGAAGGCCAAGGAAAGUGUGAGCGUGCCUCUGCCUUCGGAGAGACAGAGGAGUAUGUUUUAUAAUGCAAAUUAUAGUGAUCCUCCAGGGACUUCUGUGUUGGAGGCUGAUUUGUCAUUUGAUGAAUCGAGUUCAUCUAGAGGUUUUAACUGGAUCAGUGAUGUCACUGUUCCUCCUCUCCCUGACGUGACAGAAGCGUCGAACCAGUGUAAAAAAAAUGCUAAGAAUAGGUGGAAAAUGAGAGAUGGACAAACUCAAAAUCCAACCUGGCAGCAAAGCCAGGUGAAGCUCCUGAAUGUUGAAAGAGCCAAAUUAAACCAACCUGAAGUGAUGGAAAGAAGUAGAAAUGUGGCAGGCAAAGAUUUCCGGAAACUCUUAGAGGCUGUGAGUUUGCCCAAAAAUGCCACAAGUGAACAAAAAUUAGACAAGUUAAAAGUAAAGAUCAAACUGAGGAGGAGAGGAGCCUGCUGGGAGAGCAACCUCAUCGUGUCUGUCCAGGGAGAGAGCGGAUCAGAUGAAGUAAAAGAAUGUGGCCCUCCAACUCCGACCUGCCCGUCCAAUGUACUUCCUGCUCAAAGUCUUGGAACUCUCACCCCACCGACCAGUCUGCCCAUUUCACCCUCUGACUGUUCCACACACAUGUCUUCACAGAAACCCUGUCCUCAUACCCCAAAUCGCAGUUCUAUGCCUUCUGUUCUGGAUCUACCAGCGUUGUUUUCGAGCCCUCCCCAAGCAGAUGAAUCCGAUGAACAAAUCGCAAUGCUCUUGGAGGAUAUGUUCAUGAUGGGAUUAAACAUUCUGCCCUUGAUGCCGUUAGACAAAAAUCUGGAAGAACUCAACCAGCUUGAUCCUCUUCGGGAAGAUAAAGGUGCGGCCGAGACCUCUAUUCAAGGUUCUUGUCCUUAUGUGUGUGGCUGUGAGGAAGAGGUCAGGGAAUCUGGUUUUACAGAGACUGUAACACCAAUCAGGUCUCCACAGAGUUAUGAAGAGCUCGAGAACUCAGGGUUUCACAAUCAGUUGAGACCUGAAACAGUUCAUCCUUCAGCUCAGUCAGCCGGACAAGAACUUCAUGCUUCACUUUCCAACAUGAACAAAGACACAAAUCUGGAUACAAUGGAAAUGGACUCUGUCGCCCCACUUGUAGAAGACCUGUUGUUAACCACAAAAACAACAGUUGGCCCAAAUGGCCCCGUCUUUGAAACAGGUGACAUGUCAGACUUUAAUAUGUCCCCCAUCCCUGAAGACGGGAUGGAUUUCAGACUGCGGAAAUGUCUUUCCCCGCUUGAAACUGAUGAAAAUGAUGUUCCUACACAAGAGCCAUCAGAACCGUCACAAGAGGAGCUCUCUGAGACACGCAAGCAGGACCCAAAAACAAAAAACCUUCCCCUGUUGCUUUCUGAAUCAUUUUCGAAAUCGGACUUUCCUCUUGGUUCAGCGAUCGAUUCCUCUUGUCCACAUCCAUGGCUUGACCCUAAUGGUUCCCAAGAUCAGUCAAACCCUGACAAACAGGAACUGAAGACACACCGUGAUAUAACAACUGAAAAUGGCUCAAGUGUGGAUCAAGCAAAUAUCAUUGGUGAGCUCCCAAAGCAGAGAAUGACCAGAAGACGUCUAGCAUCUCAAAGGCUGAAAGAAUCUCAGGAGUCUCGGGCUCAGACGAGGCUAUCCAAGACUAAAUCUGAUGAUAAUAUCAAAGAGCCCAAGUGUGGAAAUGUUCAAUUGAAGACCGCCAACUCACGUGGAGUCAGCAUACAAAUGUCCACGCCUUUAAACGCAAACAGAAAAACAGUUGCAGGAGGGAAGAGAAAACAAGAGAAUUGUUUACCUCGCACUAAGAAAAUGUGUCUGUGUCUGAACACAGCUAGUAAACAACACGAACAUGAAGCCGAUUUACCUAAAGUGCAGGUCACUGCAGGAACCGUAAAACGAGGUCGUGGCAGACCUCCCAAAUCCCAAAAACAUGCUGAAAAAAUAAAGCAAAAAUGUGCCAAUGCAAGGAAAAUGCGCCGAGCUGUGCAUGAACAAGAUGCUAAAAAAGAACCAAACACUCAGGAGAAAGACUCAACAGAAAUGAGGGAGGCAGAUGUUAACGGCAAUUUUGUACAGACAAAGCAGAACGUUCACGUGCAAUAUUCUGCCAAAGCAAAGAGACCGAGUAUCAUUGAUACAAUUUUUCAUCAGACUGGUAAUGCUUGUAAAAGUUCACUCGGUCGGCAGCUAACAGCAAACCCGCAAGACACAACUUGUUCGCCUCAGAGGCUCCAAGGAGCCUUGGAGAAAAGUGGAGAGUGUGGUAAUUUAGUGAAAGACAGUGAAUAUAUCAGUAAGAGUGUUUGUGGAGAGAACGAAACGGGUAUGUCUGUGGUGGAAAAUAGGGACAAAAUAGAUGCAGUGGAUAAUCAGGUGAGGUUACAGAUGUCACACAGCAACACGUCACAUAUUGUGCAUCGUAUAGUUGAAAAGGGAGGAAGACCUGCCUUUGAGGAGAACUCGGGUAGAGAAGCUACCGUUCUUCAAGACGGGCAGCAGCGCAAAUAA